UGAAAACAUCAUUUGGAUUUUUAUUCAAAAUUAUGUCUGUGUUCAAUGUGAAAAAAAGAAUACGAAUUUAUUUAAAUGGACUUACCAUUUGGCCACGCAUCACCAGAUUUGGAUGUGCUCAUUGUGGGCGCCGGCCUCUCCGGCCUGACGUCUGCAGUGAAAAUACUCGCUAAGGAAAAUUCGCUAAACAUGAAAAUUCUCGAUGAGUGCAGCACACCCGGCGGUCAACUCGGCACACAAGGUGUGCGCUUCGUCAACUCAGAGCAGACAGAGUUGCUCACAUUUCUCAAUCAAAUGAAUGUGCCGCUUCAAGAACGCAUUGAGAACGAACGGAUGCAACUGAAGCGUUGUCGCGAUCUUGAUCGUGGGGUGUUGGCUAUGCCCAUCAAAUUUGAACUGACUCGUUACAUUAAUAUGCUGGAUAUGCGCAUGAAGAAGUUUAGUUCACUACGUUUUCCAUUGCAGAAGCGAUCAAUGACAAUGGAACGUCACAUUUGUUCCAAUUUGUUCUUUCAGCGAUCGCGGCAGAUUAUGUUCAACUUGGUGGAACUUUGCUCCGGAUUGGCGGCAAAUCAAAUCAAAUACGAUGAGUUCAUGUGCUUGUGCAGUUGCUGUGGAGGACUUGGGGUCAUGAUCGAUCUUUAUAUUGACAUGCCCAACUCCUUGAUGGAAGUAUCCUGCAAGCAACUGCUCGACAGCAUGCUAGAGAAAGUGAAAUCAAUUGAUAUACUACAAAAUACGUGCGUGGCUAAAGUGAAGCACUUUAAGGAUUACGCUGAAGUUAUCAGCGUCAAUGGCACAAAAUACACAGCUCAAGUUGUCAUCUUAGCUUUGCCUUGGGAUAGAGUUAUGCAACUGGAUUUUGAGCCGCCGUUGCCAAAGCUAUAUCAAAAGAUUUCCACUAGCAAACCGGAACCCAAGACUUUGCUCACCCAGUUUCAUAUACGUUAUAGUCGUUCCUUUUGGAUUUAUCAUGGUUAUUCGGGUGAUUUUUCCAAAAUUGAACCAUUUAUCGUGGGCUUCGCACAUCCGCCAGCUGCCUACUCCGGUUACAUUCUGCACACCGAAGGAGAGUUGAUCAGUGUGCGGGAUACUGUGCUGGAACUUCUGGCCGAACCCUUUGGUGAAGAGAUGCUCAGUCCCUUGGAAUUUAAUCAGCAAACAAUGCUGCUAAGUACGGCGAUGAUUAAACCACAAACAAAACCUUGGCUGCGCAUCAUUUGGUCCGGUUCAGCGUCGGUGGCCACCAGGAAUCGCAAUCUGAUGGGCGGCGCUGUUGAAAGCGGAAUUCGAGCAGCGGUUAAUGCUCUCUACGUGGUGCGUCCUCAGGUGGUUAGCUGGCGAGAUCUGAGCGAUGUGCAGGACAAGAAACUCUACGAGGGCGUCAGCUUUAGUCGCACUUCGUCGCUGCUCAGCCGGAUUAAUCUGUAUAACUUUACCUUCUACAGCGUGUUUGUAAUCGGCCUCAUAGUCUUGCUCAACUUUGGCUACAGACAAUCUGCUGAAAUACAAGUAUAACUAGC